GCUUCUGACAGGCGGGCAUUGUUUCCGGAUGUCAUGGGAGGGCUCUGGGGUACGGGAUGGGGGCGCGUGGCUUUCUGCGGGUGGCCCUGGAACCACCCUGGAAACCCGACCAGGGCUGCGGUGAGGGUAGAGUCUUGUCUCAGGUCGGGGAGGAGCGGGACAGGGGGUGCUGAGAGGGAGCUGAAACGGCUCGGGACAUGGAGGCGCCCGAGCUUGGCGGUGCAGCCGCGGCGGCGGCCGAAAAGCACGAACCCCUUCACGCGCGCACAGGAGGAGGAUUGGCGGCGGCGGAACAAGACCGUCCUCACGUAUGUGGCCGCGGCGGCCGUGGGCAUGCUGGGGGCGUCCUACGCCGCCGUGCCCCUUUACCGGCUCUACUGCCAGACUACUGGACUUGGAGGAUCAGCAGUAGCAGGUCAUGCAUCAGACCAGAUUGAAAACAUGGUACCUAUUAAGGAUCGCAUCAUUAAAGUCACCUUUAAUGCAGAUGUACAUGCAGGUCUCCAGUGGAACUUUAGACCUCAGCAAACAGAAAUAUAUGUAGUGCCAGGAGAGACUGCACUGGCGUUUUAUAAAGCUAAGAAUCCUACUGACAAACCAGUAAUUGGAAUUUCUACAUACAAUGUUGUACCAUUUGAAGCUGGACAGUAUUUCAAUAAAAUACAGUGCUUCUGUUUUGAAGAACAAAGGCUUAAUCCACAAGAGGAAGUAGAUAUGCCGGUAUUUUUCUACAUUGAUCCCGAAUUUGCUGAAGAUCCAAGAAUGGCAAAUGUUGAUCUCAUCACUCUUUCUUAUACUUUUUUUGAAGCAAAGGAGGGGCAUAAGUUGCCGGUCCCAGGCUAUAAUUGAAGUCAGAACUAAGUCCUGCUUCAAAUUUGUGAGUUUUGAAAAAUCAUGUAUCUUCUCAGAGGAGAAAUAUUUACAAUAAUGUGAAGCCUUCUAUUUUAAAUUUUAUAUACUUAUGGUUCUUUUUCCCAACUAAUUUACCCUACUUAGAAUGUGUAACUGUUCAAAACCAUACUUAGAGUUUAAGUAGUAUUAGAAGAAACUGCUUUGUUUCUUAAA